AUGGUGAAUAUAAAAUUAUCGAGAAUACUAAUGUUGUACCUUGGAGUAGUGGCAGUGUCAGUUAUCACAUUUACAAUGCUGGUCAAUGACAAUGUUUUGGAAAACAUAAACCCGACUCGGGCAUUGCACAUUCCUAGUUUGAUGUUGGAUAUCCAUCACAAUCAAGGAAACCACAUAAGAGAUGAUGAACAUGUUCGACGAACUUGUCACGUUCCUAAGCCUAGUAUCCAAUAUCCAUUUUGCGAAGAAAAGUUUUUGUAUGUAAAAGAUAAUUGGGAACUACCCUGUUUUGCCAAGGAAAACAACAUACGUAUGGACAAUACAUGUUCCAUCCUUAUCUAUUUGAGCGAGGUUGAGAAAUGGUGUCCACGUUUACCAUGGAGAAAAUCAGCUUUAAAAACUGUCAAUGCUGGUGCUAAUAGCAAGAUUAAAAUUCGGCUAACUGUCGAUAAACUAAUUACAAAAUGGUUCAACGAUCCAAAUUACCGGUGGAUGAAAAACCGUAUCACAUCGAUGAAAAAGGACUGGGUAUCAGCUCUUCUUUCUCUUAAUAAAAAGAGAUCGUUGCAAAAACGUACAAAAAAGAAGAUUGUCGUAUAUCUUGGAGCGUUUGCCUACGAGCCUUGGCUCUUGAAAGGUGCAUUCUCUGGUGGUCCCCUGGGAGAGUUGGUUCAAUGGAGUGAUGUAAUCACGUCUUUAUAUCUUCUGGGACAUGACAUCACUAUUAUUAAAUACGAGAAUGAUUUGCAAAAAUAUAUACCUGGACCAAACAAAAAUGGUUGUAUCAAUAGCAGUACAGUGCAGAGAUUUGGGUAUGACUUGUUAUACACAGAUAUCGUUGGCGCCGUAUUUGUUAUAAGAAGGGCUGGCCCAAAUUGGUCAGAACUAAGAUGCAAGAUGAGGAUAGUGGAUUCAUUUGGUACCGAAGCUGAAUUCAACUAUAUAAAACUUAGUCGGACCGACAAAAAGUACAGAUCUGGUUACGGAAAUCUAGAGUUAAACUUGAGACAGUUUAUGACCAUGUUUCCUCACAGUCCAGACAAUUCAUUCCUUGGUUUCGUUUCUGGUGCGGCACAACGAACAUCAAAGAAAAGCAAAACUUAUGCAAAACGAAAUAUGGCUUUGGUGUAUGCAAAACUGGAUAGCUACUGGAAAGCUGGAAAUAGGGCAUAUCUGGACAAAAUUCAUGAAUAUGUGGAGAUUCACGGUACUUUUAACCGAACACUUGUUGACUUGCGGUCGCAUUACAUACCAAAAUACGUGAUCAACCACGGAGUCGUGAAUGGUACCACCAUAGAAAAAUUAUUACAACAAUCAAAGGUUUUUGUUGGUCUUGGAUUUCCAUUUGAAGGACCAGCGCCUCUGGAAGCUGUUGCAAAUGGGGCAGCGUUCUUGAACCCGAAGUUUGCAGUCCCUCUUAACAGAAACAAUUCUGGAUUUUUUGCCUCCAAACCAACGAGAAGACUUGUUACAUCACAAAACCCGUAUGCUGAGCAAUUUAUAGGAGAACCUUAUGUCUAUACUAUUGAUAUAUCGAAUGUCACUGAAGUGGAUAGAGUUAUGAAGAAAAUUAUGACAAAUAAGUUAAAACCAUAUCUUCCUUACGAAUAUACUCACGAAGGAAUGUUGGAAAGAAUAAGUGCACAAGAAUUCUGUCGAGACAGCCAAUGGCCACCAUUACACAAUCUGAAAAAAAUCGAAGGAAAACUUGGCCAGUCCUGCAAAGAUGCAUGCUGGGAGAAAGGAAUGCUAUGUGAACCAUCAUACUGGGACAUUUUAAAUCAACUCAUUUCGUUUAGAAGAGCAAACAUAACGUGUGAACUUGUGGAACAUGGUAAUUUACUUGUUGCACCGUCGUACGAUAAGACAAAGACCUGUCACCUCCAACAACAGCCAUUGUUACACAGUUGUGUAUCCUCCUCUGCCUCACACGUGAGACUUUGUCCAUGUCGUGACUACAUCAAAGAUCAAGUUGCGUUAUGCAACAAAUGUUGGUGAAUGAAGAUUCUGUCAAUCUUAAAUUAGAACAACUAGUACAUUUGAAUGAUCUGGGAACAUCAUUAUUUAUUAUCAACAAAUAGCAUGCAUGUUUACAUGUAAAGACACCGCCAAACCAUACGUAAAUCUCUACAUAUGCAUAUACAGAUCUUCAGAUCUGUCAAUCCUUCAGAUCUCUACCGGAAAAAAGUUUGGAGCCGGUCAGGAAGAUAAUUUCUUCAAAAUAGCAAAUCGUUUUAUUCUCCAGUGAAAGUGAUCAUCAACAACAAUGCAUCGGCGAAUGUCGUUGAUUAAUGGGAAACAGGCUUUAGAGACAAGGUCCUACGGGCAUCGCGACCAUUAGCAAAGGGGACGUUCUCAGCAGCGGCGUGGCGGAAGGGGGUUGCAGCACCUCCAAUUUUUGCAAGGUGGAAGUUGGUCGGUAAUGGCACCAUGCAGGCCUCGGUAUCUCGUCUGUUUCUGAUUUACAUUUACAGUAAUUCUAUGCACAAUUAAAAAACUGACCAAAUGGUUAUCUGCUUUCUCUGGAUGUGCUUCAAGUGCUACGAGUUCGUCGGCAAAACCUCUGUGUUACACUCCCUGAGUUACGAUAGUCACGCUCUGCCCCAGGUUCUCAGCCUUGCCUUGUAUAAAAUUUAGAUGGAUGCUGAUUGCUUUUGCCACUCCACAACCUCACUAUGCACACGCUUCGAUUCAGUUGAACUGAAGAGUGAAGUCAUGGUACUUUCCC